AUGUCGUCGACAACUAAGUUGCCUGAUUACAGAGCUCAUCGAGGGAUUUAUGUACGCCACAUGUCAGUGGAGUUUCAAAAGAAGGAUUUUACACAAACUUAUGAGUUAAGAAAUCAUAUUUGCACUUUUAAACACAGUGCAAUGGAUGAAGUAGAAUCGAUUGAGUACAAACCAUCAGCUGAAUUGAUAAAUGAUCAGAUACGAUUAUUAGACACUAUGGAAUCUCAAGCAGUAUCUCCGCAACUGCUUCAUGGCUAUAUAGAAAAAAUUUUAAAAAAUAGCCCUAACCAGCCCCAAAUGCUUUUCGCCAAAUACCUCAAUUACAUGAGAUGCAAAGAAUACGUUCAAGCAAUCAAUUGUCUACAUCAUUAUUUUGAAGAAAUGGACUUUCGUAGUACCACUAAUGAACAAAAGCUGAAAAAGCGAUUUUGUUACUUUCCACUAAAUUUAGCCAUACUUCAUUGUUUAUUAGGACACAAUGCCGAGGCUAUACAUGCAUUAACUGAGGCAAUUAGACUUGCACAAGAGGGAAGUGAUCAAGAAUGCUUACUGCAUGCUAUCCAUUGGUUAUACUGGAUAAAGAAAGAGGAGCAUUCUACCGAAUCAUUAACAUUAUUAAAUCAAUUAAUGAAACUGAGUGAAAAUGUAUCCUCUAAGAUAAGUGGCUACGCUGCAUUAAAUACAAUCAGAGAAGAAGUCUUAAAAGGAAAUGAACCUUCUGGGAUAUUUUAUAGACUAACAACGGAUGAUGCUCUGAUUUCCCAGUCGUCACUUAAUGACUUAUCUCCGACUUUAUUUGCGGAAAUUGCCGCAAUAUGGAGUCACUAUGGUAUAAAUUCAUUAGUUGUACUACAUUGCCAGCUAUUGUUGGGAGGUUUCACAAAUGAAGAUAAGCGCCUGAACGAUGAGAUUAUUGGAUUACAAUUUUGCAAAUUGUCUUCUUAUUUUGAGAAAGAGGGAUAUCCUAGCGUUGCAAUGAAAAUUCUCGAUUACGCCUUAACAAUAUUUCCUGAGCACACCGAACAAGCGGAACUAUUAGAGAUAUCUAAGAAGAAAUUAGCCUUUGAAAAUGCACUAAUGAAAGGUGAAAUUUCUUUGGCUAAAGCAUUAUCGACGGAACUUGCUACGACUGAUAGCCUGGAAUUUAGCUACAGUCGAGCAAUUAUCAUGAAAGAAACGAAUCAGUUUGCGGAAGCUUGUAAUCUUCUUUACAAAAUGUUGCAAGAUGCGGAUGAGGACAAAGUUAUACUCAGGAACAAAUUAAUAACAUUACCUCAGCAUAGAAUCAGGAUAUUGCGUUUACUUGGAGAAAUUUAUCUGGAAAGUAAGCAGCCGUGCAAAGCCAUCGAGUAUUUCUUACAAUCCGUAACCUGUGCUUAUUCUUACCAUUUGCUUGACAGCAUGAUUGCAUCCAUGAUAGGACUGGCUGAGGCCCAGUUCUCAAUAGGGCUGUCAACAACUGCGCUGGAUUUGCUUAAUGACAUAGCUGUAUCAGUUUCCAGUUUCGUAUCACCAAUUUUGCGAGCUAAGUUUUGGACAAUGACGGCUAAGCUCCACUGGAAAUUAGCGAACAGGAGAUUACCUCUGAGACACAUCUUAAAUCUGCUAGAUCAUGCGGGUACUAUAUUUGAAAGUAGGAACUAUUAUUUCGGCCUGAGAGAGGUCUUCUAUAUGAAGGUAUGA